CUUGGCGGCAAGAGAAGGUUACAAAAACCUGCGGGUUUCCAGGGAGACAGAUAGAGGGGAACGGUCCGUGGAGGAAGAUGUGAGACACUAGACCUUCUCAGGAAAGCAUGAGAGAGAAAAGAGAUGAGACCAUGGUGAAGGACGUCUGGCUAGUAUGAUGGAAGGACUGGGAAGGGAGAGAUCCACAGGCAGCUCAAAACCCUCUCCAUGGCUCAGCCAGCCCAAAACAGAGACAUCAAACCUGCUAUGGAAGCUGAAAGACUGCUUUUCCUCGAAUGAAACAACUUCCCCUCAUCAGACAGGCACAGAAAUCACCUCCAUGGACAACAGAAAGGCUGUGCUGGAACUGAAAGAUGUCCCCCCUCCUCCUCCACACCAUGCUUCUUCCCAGUUAUCCCAACCCUUCCCUGUGGCCCCUCUGCCUCUGCCUGCUCCUUGCUUGCCGCCUCCUCCCCAGCUUUUACAAGACUCCCUCCAACAGCAGUCCCCAGCCCAGCAGCAAGAGGGGGCUAGUCCCAAAGUAAGCUUUUGCACGCAGUGUGAUUAUUGCAACAAAGGUGGCUACGGAUUGUUAAACAGCAGAAGUGUUGUUGAUGGCAGUGCUGCUGGUGUCGUGUCUGUUUACAUGAGCCAGGGGUCUCGAGGAGCACCCAUCACGAGCAGCACUGAUAGUCGGACUGGGCCGUGCUCCGUAGCCUCCUCUGUUCACCAGUAUAGGCACAAUGUGACCUCUAGCAGUGGAAGUGACCUUUUUGGUUCAUCACUCGAUCUGUCUUACAAACUCCAACUGCCCUCAUCUGUUGCUACCUCUCAGCCUCUCUCAUCACACCCCUACCUCCCGUGCUGCUCUGGGCUUCUCCACACCUACCCAGCUCUACCUCCUCCACACUGUCAAGCGGGCCUGUUUCCCUCCUCAGCACCCUUGGCCUCUUCUCUCCCCCCUGUCGCCUCACUUCCUGCCUCAGCGUACGGCUCCUGCUUGUCUUCCUCUGGGUUUUACACCUGCAACCCAUCAGAUUCAAGAUCCCAGAGGAGCCUGCUCAGUUGUCACCCUCCAACCUCCUCCAUUACCACUACAACCACCUCUGCACACUUCUGCUCCAAUCCUCUGCACCUUAAUGUUGAACGCACAGUCUGUGUGAAAGGGGGACACUACUGCCGGGAGUGUUUGUUAAAGCCUGUGAAUGGUGUGACUUCAGAGUCCGGCAAGGCGUGGCCCAACGUUCCUCUUCCUCAGACUGCUCCUCUGCCAAUCCCCAUCUGCAAUGGCUGUGGCACCUCCUCUGACGGGAUGGUGCUCGUAACGUCAACCAGCUUAAGCAAGACUGGUCAGAAAUAUGGUUCCCCUGACAGUGGUGGCCCUGAGAACAUUCCUCCGGUCGGUGUCUUUUGGGACAUUGAGAACUGCAGCGUGCCCAGCGGACGCUCCGCUGGAGCUGUGGUCCAGCGCAUUCGCAGCCGCUUCUUCCAGGGUCACCGUGAAGCAGAGUUCAUUUGCGUUUGCGACAUCAGCAAGGAGAGUAAAGCAGUCAUCCAAGAGCUCAACAACUGCCAGGUUACUGUUGCACAUAUCAAUGCCACAGCCAAGAACGCUGCAGACGACAAGCUUCGCCAGUGCUUACGCCGUUUUGCUGAGACUCACACAGCUCCUGCAACAGUUGUGCUAGUAUCCUCGGAUGUGAAUUUCGCGAGCGAGCUGAGCGACCUGCGCCAUCGCCACGGUUUCCAAGUGAUCCUCGUCCACGGCAGCCAUGCGUCCUCGGCGCUGCUGCAGCAUGCCCACACCCACGUGGCCUUCCAUGAAAUCACAGCGGACCUGCCGCCGCGCAUGCUUCUCAAACCUCAGCCCAGUUUCAACCUGCUCUAUGUGCACAACCUCCCUGUCAACUGUGACAAGAGCCUGAGGAAUGCCAUGAAGCUCAGGCUCCGCCGCCUGUCAGACAACUGCGGCGGCAAGGUGCUGGGCAUGUCCCAGGGCACCGCGGUCCUCCGCUUCGGCAGCCCCGAGGCAGCUGCCCGUGCCCGCAAGCGAAUGGAAAACGAAGAUGUGUUUGGCCAUCGAAUCAGCCUCUCCUUCUCCCCGUGGCCCCGAGACGAUGCAAGUCCUGAGCCAGAGCACCAGUCUCGGCUGUAUCACUUGCUUCUGCCUCAGGCUCUGCCCCAGAACUAUCAGAGCCAGGAUUCAGUGUUGGCCCCUCCCCAGUCCAUACCCUCCUUCUCCUUCCUGCCCCUGGAGAAGCCGCGGUCACCCAGAAGGCCACGGCGAGCACCCCGCUUUUGCCACACUCCCGAGAGGCCCUACAGCCCCAGGAGGGGGUGCAGUGGUCCUCCCGGUGGCGCUCCAGCCAAGCCCCAUCAGGAGCAGAGCGGUCUGGAGGUCAAACCCAGACUGGGUUUCCAGCACACAGAAAAAGGACGCGCUGCUUCCUCAUCGCCACAGAGACGCGACGGGACGGCCGUGUCGGAGCAGCUUCCCAAGCCUGGCCUCAUCGGAGAGUCCAUGUACAGGAAAAGGGCCGGUUCCAAUUCUCGAAGUAUGACAGAUUCCACUGGGGAACAGGGUGAAAGCUCAGGAGAGUUCCAGAUCAGCACGCCCUCCGCCUUCAGCAAGCUGAACCUGCACAGGAGCUUCAGCCCUAACGUCCUGUCUCAGGGCUCCUGGUCGUCCAGGAGUGCUUCCCCCUGCCUGUCCAGCCGCUCCUCGCCUUUGCUUGCUCCGCCCCGCAGCCCCUGUCCCGAAGGUCCUCCUGAGCUUUUUUCAAAGGGAGCAGACGUCCAGGUGGCCAAUCUGGACUACAGAAUGUCCCGCAAGGAUCUGCAGCAGACGCUGCACGACACCUUCUCUCGAUACGGACAAGUGAAAUCAGUGGAGCUCAGCCCUCACACCGACUACCAGCUGAAGGCCACAAUCCAGCUGUUCUCCCUGCAGCAGGCCAUCAGCGCCGUCAGCGGCUUGCACCGUUAUAAGAUUGGAGGCAAACGCAUCCAGGUGUCGCUGAUCACUGGCGGCAGCAGCAAGUCUCUGGCGUUAUUGAGCACAGAGAUCAUCUGCAUUCUGCAGGAUGCACCUGCCAAUUGCCUUCCUCUGUUCAAGUUUAAUGAGAUCUAUGAGAAGAAAUACUCCCGCAAGCUUGCAGUUGGUGAUCUGUACAGGCUCCCGGAGCUGGUCGCAGUGCGGGAACAGGGAGGCUCCAGGCUCGUGUGCCUUCUGUCAAACAGCCAGAUCCGUCAGAGUCCGCUGGGAUCCUCCCAGUCCCAGGACGGCUCUUCCUCAACCAGCGGGAGCCCGGUGGUUUUCGAGGAGCUGGAGUACCAUGAGCCUGUCUGCAGACAACACUACGCACAGCAGGACUUCAGUGAGGCUGACUUUGACCCCGACUCCUAUAAAAUCCCGUUUGUUGCGAUGUCUUUGAGCGCCUUGUCUUCUGAGGUCCACGCUCUGCUGGAGUCUCACGAGGGAACCCUUCCCCUGCUCAGUUUUCCAGACUGUUAUGCGGCUCAGUUCAGCCCCCUGCAGCUGGGCUGUGAGACACUAGAGGGCGGCGUUUCUCUGGAGCAUCUCAUCACAUGUGUGCCAAGCGUCACCAUCGUCACGGCUCAGAACGGCUUCAAGGUCAUCAAGUGGAUCCACAACAAGCCGCCUCUGUCCAACCCUGAACCGUGGAUUCAGCGCUGCAAGAGUCCGGUCGGAAACCCACAGCUCAUCCAGUUCAGCAGAGAGAUCAUCGACCUGUUGAAGAAUCAGCCAUCCUCCGUCAUGCCGAUCAGCAAGUUCAUCCCCUCCUAUCACCACCACUUCGCCAAACAGUGCCGGGUGUCAGACUACGGCUUCUCCAAGCUCCUGGAGCUCCUGGAGGCUGUGCCACACGUCCUGCAGAUCUUGGGGAUGGGCACAAAGCGUCUGCUGACUCUAACCCACCGAGCACAAGUGAAGCGCUUCACCCAAGACCUGCUGAAGCUGCUCAAGUUUCAGGCCAGCAAACAGGUGGCAAUCAAAGACUUCCUGCAGGCGUACCACUGGUGCUUCUCCAGAGACUGGAGAGUGACGGACUACGGCAUAUGUGACUUGAAAGACCUCCUCUCGGAGAUCCCUGAGACCACCAUCACCAUCACCGACCAGUCGACAGACACCGUCAUCUCUGUUCCUAAGAGAGACCGCACAGUGGAGGAAAUAGAGCGCACCAAGCAGUUUGGAAAGGAGGUGGUGGACCUGCUGCGUCACCAGCCUCACUGCCGAAUGCUCUUCAGUAAGUUCAUACCCACCUACCACCACCACUUCGGCCGGCAGUGCAAACUCAGCUACUACGGCUUCACCAAGCUGAUGGAGCUCUUCGAGGCCAUCCCCGACAUCCUGAUGUUGCAACAGGAGAGAAGUCCCGACUGCUCAGUCAGUGUGCUGGAGUGCGGCGAGGAGAAAAUGCUGACUCUGACAGAGGUGGAGCGGAUCAAGGCCCUGGCGGCUCAGCUGGUCAAGCUGCUUCGGGCUCAGAAGAGCUCCAGCCUCCCCGUCAACAAGCUGCUCACCGAAUACGGGAAGACCUUCGGCUACGGUCUGCGGCUGCAGGACUACGACGCAAACUCCCUCAACGCCCUGCUGACCAAGCUCUGCCACGUCGUCAAGGUGGUGGAUGGCUCGGAGGGCCGGGAGGUGCAGCUGAUCAACAGGAAGUCUCUCCGCCUGCUGACCUCCCAGCUGCUGGUUCUCCUCAUGUCUCAGGAGGCGGAGCACGUCAGCAGGGGCGUGGAGGUGAACGAGCUGAGCGAGCGUUACUUCGCUGCCCACGGCGUGAAGCUCAACCCAUGUGAAUAUGGGUUCCUCUCCCUCAGCGAGUUGCUCAAGAGCCUGCCGUAUCUGGUGGAGCUGUAUCACGAAGCCGGCGGUGACGUUGAGAGCGGCGACGCUGAAAACGCUCCCGUCAGUCUCGUGGAGGACUGGGUGAGGCUGACCGCGCUGUACCAGUUCGCCCGUAACGUUCGAGCGCUGCUCCACACCUACCACUACAACCAGAUCUUCCUGACCGAGUUCCCGGGGGCGUACAGCAAAUUCACAGGCUGCGGCGUCGAACCGCGCCUCUACGGAUACACCAGCACGGACGAGCUGCUCGGCGCCAUUCCACAGGUGGUCUGGAUCAAAGGGCACGGCUACAAGAGGAUUAUCGUUCUGAAAAACGAUAUGAAAGCAAAGUCGAGCGGCUCGCUGUCGAACAGCCCUCAGCCUGGAGAGAACACCGAGAGCCCCAGAGACAGUCCCAUCAGCAACGCCACACCCGGAGCCCACAGUCCAGGCGCCGACGCGGCGGCAGAGUCGGAGCUGCUGUGUCUCUCCUCUCCGGUCGAUCUGCUGUGCGGUCCCGUUCCGUCCUGCCUGCCGUCGCCUCAGCUCCACCCGGACCCCGUUUCCCCCCAGCAGGCAGACCUCAUUCACUUCGAGGAGAAGUCAACAGGAAGCGAUUGCACCGAGGUGGCAGCUGCAGACGACACACCUGAGCUCCCCGGCGGCUGCGACCCUCCACCACCACCACCACCACCACCACCGCCUCCCGACAGGAAGAGCCCCUUCCCCACCGACAGCCCCAGCAGAAGAGCCCCGCGCAGCAAAAUCAGACUCGCCGCCAACUUCUCCUUCACAGCAGGCCUCUGAACCGCCCACACACACACACAUCCACACACAGUGUAACUCUGAGUGGCAGAGUUGACCAGCUCCACUAAGCACACCACCAGUAAUCACCCCGGAUGAGCAUGACGUCCCCUCUUCCUCCUCCUCCUCCUCCUCACGGUCGCCGUCACAUUCUCCCUUUUCAGUUUUAGUUCACAACAUUUUGAAGAUGUUUUCUAAGCUGUGAUUAACUUGUUGCAGAUUUUCUGCAACUCUUUGAUUUGCCAAAUGUAUCCACUGUAGCCGGCAUCUUCUUCUUCUCCACCAAGGCCAGUGAAUUAGUCUCUCCUUCAGUUCGGAGCCCCGUCGUGGAGGAAGUUUUUAGUCCACCCUGAAAGAGGCGGAGUUAGUCGUCACUGUAUCCACAGUAUCAAAGAGUGGGAGAAAUGAUCCAGAGGAGUGACUAGAUUUGAUCCGAUCAGUCUAAAAUGUAGUUAAAGUAUUUAGUUCUUGAACCACACAGUGAAACCUUCAGAAUUAUUUUCUUCCUGUAUCACUAAAGGGAAAAGAAAAGACAUGCAUUGAGUUUUAAACUACCUGUGGGGACAUGAACUCGCCAUGAAACGCCCUCCAGCCCCCAUUCUUUCAGAUUCCUUGUUGUAGUUUGUCUCUGUUGUCCGGUGAGUUUUUCUGUUGUUUUUCUCCCGUGCAGAGCGCUGAGUCCUCUGUGGGAUUGGUCUGGAGUGGCCGGUCAGCGUGACGGAACUCGUAUUUUUGGCGUGUUAGGGCCCGUCCCUCCGGGGCCGCUGACGGAGGCCCGGCGGGGGGGAAUGGCGGCACCCGGGCGGCUGAAAUGUACUUUAGUUUGUGUUCCUCCAGCAGCCGGCGCGUUUGUGUUGUUUCAGCGGUUCCGUCUGCGUUGGGGUUUACACUGGAACAGGUGUGCGAUGUGCAUGAGGUGCAUAACGGAGCUUAUGCACGGUGUAACCCAGAGACUCGCGGGCGGCGGCGAGACCUUCUUUAUUUCCAGCCUGGUGUUUCGAUCUGUGUCGGCGUCGCCCUGGCAGCGGCCGCGGUCCGAGCUCAAGGUUGUGGAGUUAACCUUGCUGCUCGGCGGCGCCGCCGGAGUCCUCACUGUGGAGGGGAGCUGCAGACGCUCCCCAGUUUGAUUUUUAGCGACGCAGUUGCACGGUCGUGGUCGUUUUCCGAGGCGGGAGGUGGCGAGGGAAGGGUUCUGGGACGCCUCCUGAACAGUCUGCGAUGUAAACGCAGCGGGCCCCUCUGCGGCUCCUGGAAUCUGCCGGGCUUUUACAAUGGCUUGUAUCUGCCGCGGCGCCGGAAGAGAUCUCCCAUCCUGCCUCCUGGACGCUCAGAGUAGUUUUAACUUGGUGUUAUGUGUCGGUUGAUAAACGCUCCUUUGUCUUAAAUGUUUCCACGGCUGCUGAGUCGCCAUCAAAUAAUGUGUGCUGCCUGGGUUUCUGCACGGUCCGGGUGCCGCUGGAGAGGAAGCUGUUCAGUCUGUGUGUGUGUGUGUGUGUAUGCGUGUGUGUGCGUUUAGAGAAUGGGUAGCGGCCCAUUGAAUGACUUCCUGUUGGGUCAGAGUGAGCUGGAUCAUUAGACGAGGGCCACCCGUCAUCUGACGUACCUCUGCCUCUCCUCCCUCCUGCAGCGCCGCCUGUCCAGAAGCCGCUCGAUUUAAAAUAAAUAUCAGUUCAUGUUAAAUUAAUAAAGGUACGGGAGAUGUUUCGAUUUGAAUUUGGAAGACUGAACCAAUAAUGUUUUUGUAUGAAUUUGAGCGAACUCCAAAACCUCCCCAGAUACGACAGUGGCGACUAACUCCGCCUCCCCCGGGUUCCGUUUGGUUCCGUCAUUAAUGAUCUGUCAAAAUAUGCACGUCUGCAUAGUUUUGAUUCAUGAAAUGUGUUCAGCACGAGGCCUGCCUGUGAGUUUUCAGCAGGCCGCCCGGCCGCUCGCCGUGUCCUUCAAGCCCUUGCCUUGUGAUUAGUUUGCCUCUCCUCCACUUCCAGCCGCUCGGUUUCUCCGCCUUCCUGCACCAGAAGUCACUGGAACUGUCAAACUUUGUUGAAGGGACCAAAAAAAAAAAAAAAAAAAAAGAUUUCUGUUUAAUAAAUUUCA